AUGGAGCUGCUCCUGCUGGUGCUGCCCUCGCUGCUCUGCGCUGCCACAGAGCCUCUUCCCACUCCCUCCAGUGAUGGGUACGUGUGUCCCCUGGGGCAGUUUCCCUGUGGUAAUCUCUCGGUCUGCCUGCCCCAGGCCCUGCACUGCAACGGGGUGGACGACUGCAACAACGGCGCUGAUGAGGAGAACUGUGUGGACACCACGGGCUGGCUGGGGGUGCUGGGCGACAUGCUGGCUGGGAACAUCUGGACAGAGGACGAGGCGGACACGUGCUUGCUGGAGAUGUUCCCGGAGCAGUGCCGAUGCUGGGGAAGGGCCGUGGACUGCACUGCACAGAACCUCAGCGCUGUGCCCAGGCUGUCCCCCAAUGUGACACAGCUGGACCUAAAGAGAAAUAAAAUCCACACUCUGCUGGACAACCAGUUCGCUGGGUGCUGGAGCCUGAGGAAGCUAUUCUUGCAGAACAACAAGAUCCGUGUCAUCUCACCCAAGGCAUUUGCUGGACUUUCUCAGCUUAGGAUGUUGUUCCUCAGUCACAACAGGAUCUCCCAGCUGCUGCCCCGCACGUUUGAGGACCUGAACCGUCUUGAGUGGCUGAUACUGGACAACAACAGGAUUGCCCGGAUCACCCCUGCUACAUUCUCAGGGCUGAGGUCGCUGUACUUCCUGUACAUGCUGAACAACUCCCUGGCCAAGAUACCCGAUGGUUCCCUCUGCGUGGAGACACCAAAGCUGAGCUGGCUGGAGCUGGAAGGGAACAGGAUCCAGGCGGUGCGUGGGGCCGUAUUCCAGAAGUGCCGUGAGCUCACUGUGCUGAUCCUGCGUAGAAACAGACUCCGGUGGAUCCAGAGUGGGGCGUUCUCUGGGCUGAGCAGGCUGGUGGAGCUUGACCUGUCCUGCAAUGGGUUGGAUGAGCUCCCACCAUCUCUGUUCCACAGCCUGGCUGCCCUGCAGCAGCUGAACAUCUCCUACAAUCCUCUGAAAGAGAUUUGCCCCAGCCAGUUUGAGAGCCUGCCCCAGCUGCUGUCCCUGAGCCUGGAGGGGCUGGAGAUCCCCAACAUCCACAAUGUGACCUUCCGUGGGCUGUCCAACCUCUCCCACAUCUACUUCAAGAAGUUCCAGUACUGCAGCUCUGCGCCCCACGUGCGCAGCUGCAAACCCAACACCGACGGCAUCUCCUCCUUUGAGCACCUGCUGGCCAACAUCAUCCUGCGCGUCUUCGUCUGGGUCAUCGCCUGCGUCACCUGCCUGGGCAACCUCUGCGUCAUCUGCAUGCGGUCCUGCGUGGUCACAGAGAGCAGCGCGCACACCAUGGCCAUCAAAUCCCUGUGCUGUGCGGAUGGCCUGAUGGGCAUCUAUCUUUUUGUCAUUGGUGCCUUUGACCUGAAGUAUGCGGGAGAAUACAACCGGCACGCGCAGGGCUGGAUGGCCAGCGUGCCGUGCCAGCUGGUGGGCAGCCUGGCCAUGCUGUCCUCUGAGGUGUCCGUGCUGCUGCUCACCUACAUGACCCUGGAGAAAUACUUCUCCAUCGUGUUCCCCUUCAGCUACCGCAGAGCCAGCAGGAAGCAGACAGCCUCAGUGCUGGCUGCCAUCUGGUUGCUGGGCCUCUCGCUCAGCGUCGUGCCGCUGUGCUGCAAGGAGUCCUUUGGCAACUACUAUGGGAGGAACGGGGUGUGCUUCCCGCUGCAGUCUGAGCUGGGUGAGCGGCCCAGUGCCAGGGGCUUCUCCACCACCAUCUACCUGGGCUUGAACCUCGCAGCUUUCAUCACCAUUGUCUUUGCCUACACUGGCAUGUUCUACUCGAUCCGCAUCACCACCUGCAGAACAGCGGAGAGCAGUGUCUGCCCCCGGGAAGUGGCCAUCGCCAAGCGCUUCUUCUUCAUCGUCUUCACUGAUGCUCUCUGCUGGAUCCCCAUCUUUCUGCUCAAGCUGCUCUCCCUGCUGCAGGUGGAAAUUCCAGGCACCGUCACAUCCUGGGUGGUCAUCUUCAUCCUGCCCAUCAACAGCGCACUCAACCCCAUCCUCUACACCAUCACUACAGCUCCCUUCCAGGAGAAGGUGAAGGGCUGUCUGCACGCCCGGCGCCCAGAGCUGAGCUCCCGGCAGAGCUUCAUGCUGGUGGUGCUAUAGGCAGGCAACGCCUGGCACCACCAGCACACCGAGCAUUCGCUGCACGACUCAGCCCUGCGGGCAUCUUCACAGCUGCUCUCAGGUUUGGCUGCAUUCUGUGACCCAGAGAUGCGACCCCGAUGUCUCCACAGCACUGCAUCACAGCACUGCAUUACCGCGCUGCUCAGCUCUGCAAUGGGGCAUCAGCUCACAGCACCCACUCACCACCAGGGUUCCUGCAUCAGCCAGCAGCUAUUGUUAGUACUUUAUUAAUUACACGGAUAGGAAGAGCAGCCCCAAUCCAAGUCAAACAAUCUGUUGCAUUGCGUAUGAUACAAAACGAGAAAUAGCCCCUUAAAUACAAAAUACACAUCUUUUAAGUGAGCAUCACCUGGUGCUGAGCUCUACCGUCCGCAGUUAUAUAUUAAUAUUCCAACUGUACAAGUAUUUAUAUAGGAAAAAAAGAAACAUUUUUUAAAAAAAUCAGGAGAAAAAUCACUCCC